AUUAGCAACACAAUGCAAAUUGGUAUGCUCUGUGUUUGGGGAACCUUGUGAUGUAUUCAUUGUUUCUAGCCGAACUUUGAUCGCAAACGCACAGGCUAUAGUUUGUGGUUCCGCCGUGUGAUGUUGGAUGGAAGACAAAAUAUCUUUCUCGGUAAAACUAUAUGCUGUAUGGAUGCCAGUUUUCAAACAAAGACAAAAUGGCAAAUUUAUUCCUGGAUUUCCAGAUUUAGUCUGUAAAACAUUGAAGUGAAUUUAUAUUCUGAUCAUUAUUUGGAAGCCUCGUCAAUUGAGUGAAGGGGGUAGGGAAGGGGGACGGGUCGUCGGUAUCCAGUAGGUACAUCAAAAUCAUUGCUAAUAACAUUUAGAUUCAGACAGCUGCAAAGUGCAUAACAUGUGCAUGCAUUAACUGUGCAUACCUAAUAGUGGCUGGUAUAAAACAGCGUAAUCAAACGUGACCUGCAAAGGCCACAUUACAAAGACACGAGGAUGGCGGCGUCUGCGGCGGCGGAUGGUGGUGGAGCGCCAGAACUUAUAGAUAUCUACGAUGACUUCAAUCAAAACAAUGGGGAGGAAGGGGACUUCAUGGGUUCAGCGGAUCCAAAUGAUCUUUAUGAUGCUGUAGUAACUGGUUCUGUGGACCAGAGAAGGGCAUCUGGAGGGGAACCCAUGACACAUAGCAAAGACCAGGCAAAAAAUGACAACCCCAAACCACUAAUAACAUACAGCUACAGUGGGGGGCAGAGCAAGAGGCUUUCAGUCUAUGUUGGAAACUUCUCCUGGUGGACCUCAGACAAAGAUCUGUUAAACAUGGCAAGCACGAUGGGAGUCAAGGACAUUUUGGAGAUCAAAUUUGCAGAGAAUCGGGCGAAUGGCCAGUCCAGGGGCUAUGCUGAGCUUGUGGUGUCCACUGAGGCUUCCUUGCAGAAGUUGCUGGAGACCAUGCCACAGUGUCACAUCAAUGGAGAGAGGGUAGACUGUCGUUUUGCCACACGGCAGAACCUUGCAGUGUUUGAAUCUCAGGCCAACAAACGUAUUCCUCAGCGCUCCAACUCCAAGCCAGAGUCAGACUCAUUUACAGACACCCGCUCCAACUUCCCUUCCUCUUCUGAGCCGGGCCCACCCAACGCACCACUCGUGAUGCCACCCCAUCCCCAUCCCCAUCCCCAUCCCCAUCCCCAUGCGAACAAGCUCCCAUCCAUCACUCUGCCAUUUUACGGCCGACCUCCUCUAUAUCCCCCUCCCCACCCCCCGCCACUCCUCUUGCCUCCUCCGAUACCUCCCCCGCUCUACCCACCUCCACCCCCACAUGUACCCAGCCAGCCCCCACCUGCACUUCAUCUCAACCCAGCCUUCUUCCCCCCUCCUCAGGAAAACUACAGCAACAACCCAGCCUACUCCCGACCAAGUAGGGAGAAUGAUGACGCCACACCUCCGCUGCCGGACAGUGAAUAUGACGAGUUGAUGAACAGAAACAAAACCAUCGCGAGUAGUGCCAUCAGCAAGGCUGUGGCAGGAGCUGCUGCAGGAGACGUGUCCUUGGCUAUAGAGACCCUCCUCACUGCAAUUGCAGUCAUCAAACAGUCUCGUGUGUACAGCAAUGAUCGCUGUCGAGCUUUGGUGACUUCGCUCAAAGACUGUCUCUUCUCUAUUGAGAGCAAGUCUUAUGGCUCAAGGAAGCGGCAUCGUUCACGUGAGAGGGAUCGCUCACGCGACAGGGACCAACGGGACAGAGAGAGGGAGCGGGAGCGAGAGCGUGAUCGGGAGAGGGAGCGAGAGGGCUCCUACAGUCAAAACUGGGAAGCUGGAGGGAUGUCCCGUCGUUACAGAGAACGCUCCCUUAGCUCUGAGAGAGACAGGGAGCGGAUGCGACUGCAGCGAGACCGGCAUCGAGAACACAGGGAUCGACACCGCUAGGACAUUUCAGAACGUACUCAUGUUGGCACCAUAGAGGAGGGUCCCUUGGAGUAAGGAUUCUGUGCCGGGAUGUCUGAGGACCGAAAGGUAGCGAUAAAUGGAGGGGAGUGCCCUAUGUCAUCUAUUCCAAUAUUUGACACAAAUUGCCCCUACCCCCAUUAGUUUACUGCACUGAGUUCUGUCCACGAGGCGUUAUUCAUACCCAAGUGUCCCCUCACUCACUCAUUUAUGUUGGAACAGAGAUAUUGCUUCUGCAAUGAUGAAAGAUUAAAAUUCUUGAUCAUCAGUUGAUGAGUUUCAGACAACUGUGGUACUGCACAUCUUGAUUUUUAUAUGUUCACUGUUUAUUUGAUCAUUUCUGCUUCAUUCUUUUGUAAGUACAAUCUCAAAAUAAAAGAAAAAAAAAUC